UUAAUAGCUUCACCCAGAUGACUAAAAUGUCUGAUACUUCAGUGUCUAGCCAGUUAGAGAGAUCACUGUCAGCUUCAACCCUUCCUGUCAGUGUUCACAACGGGGCCAAUGUGAAAGGAAAGAUCAUUUGGCCAGGCACUGUUAACCUGUUCAACAAUGUGUUCACCAAGGUCAAGGACUUUUUUGCCCAGCAACAACCGGUCCUCCUAGACAGUGUGGUUGAGGCCCCCAAACAUACCGAAUCCAUAUGCAGAACUGCUACUUCUACAAAAAUGAUUUACAGUGAACAUGAAGGCAGCCAGACCAGCAUGGUAAAUUAUUCCAAAGCCUUAAUUAGUCAGACUCUGAAAACAAUCCAGAGGAGAGUGUCUAUGUCAGAGAGGAUGAGCACCUCAGAGAAAGGCCUCUUGACUCGUUCCAUCGUGGGCUCCAUGUUGGAGGAUGUUGACAUGGUGAGAACUGAUAGACACGAGAUACACCGGCCAUCCUCCUCAAAGUCCUUCCUGUCCAUCACCUCUGCCAUGACCAGAGGGUCCCAGAGUGAUUUUACAAAUUCUCUUCCAGGCACUCCAGUCCCCGAUGAGUGGCCUGUUUUAAGCUAUUGUCCUAUCAUUAGGAGUUCGGUCAUUGAUAUGAGUGACUCCUCAACUCAUUCACAAGGGUCAGCAAAUUACACAAGGCAAACCAUCUCUGCCAUAGUUGACAUUGUUAUGGAGGUCAUUCCAAGAGAAGAUACGGAACACAUAGCCACUGCAGAUGAUGUCACUUCUUUUACAAGAAGACUUGCGAGACUCAGCCCCAGGGACGGUCUUCAGAACUUCUCACAUGAGCUCACUGACAAAGUUUAUGAGCUCAUAAAGAGUCACAACACCCCCCAGGAUCUUUUUGUGCCAGCUGGCAAGACCGUGUCUGACUCUAUUCUUUUGAAGCUGAAGACAGGAUUGAAUGCUUCUGAAGAAUCCAGGGAGUUUCCAUCUGACCUUGUGUACUCCUUUGCUACGGAGUCAAUAAAACGUCUGCUACAGCAGAUUGUCUUCUGGCUUCCUCCACCAUCACAAGGAUCCGAUUUCUGCCAAACUAUCAUCUCUGAUGGUUCUCUGCAGGACACAAGUCGGCUUAUCCCGAGUUCUUCUGACAUCUCCAUUAGUUCCUCACAGUUUUACUGUGACACAAAGAGCCUUUUCACCAAUAUAAUGGUCAAUCAGGUCAUGGAUACCUGUUCUGUGGCCUCCAAUUCAUCAGAAGAAUUAUCAGAGUUGAUGAACAUAAUCAAUGGGUUGUCCCCAACUGAUGCUGGAACACUUGACUCUGACAGACCGGCUCUCAUGACCACUAGCCGUCAGUCUAGUGCCAAAUCAUUGCCUAGACCAUCUCUGUCUGGCAGCAGCACACCAAACGGUGGAACUGUGGAUAUUCAAGUUUUAGGAGAGGUGGAAUCCAAGAUGGACAACAAAGAUCUGGAGAUGUCUAGUGCCUCUGUGCAUCCAUCAACUCCAUCAGCCAUGGACUCUGAUACACAUGCAUCAUGUGACUCCACUAGCAAUGACUACACCUCUUUGGUACUUUUACUGAUUGUUAGAUUGCUGUCAAUGAUCACCCCUAUCACAUUACUGGAAUCCUCUGACAUUGGUGAAACAUCAAGAGUUCUCACAAAGAGGAUUCUGUCUGAGUUCUGUGGCACCUCAGGCCUUGAACCAACUCAAGCCUACCCCCAGAAUCUGAAAAUUCAAAAUAUUUUCAAGGCUGUCUACAAGGGGCUUCUUCAAGAAUUCGGGUCAGAGAAGAUGCUCCAGGUUGCAAUGAAGUCAACGGAUUAUGCAUUUGACGAUGCCCUGGUCAAAUCAUUAACUAGGGAACUACUAACGAAAUGCAAUGAGGCUAGCUCUUCACCUCCCUCCAUGACCCAGUUGUCAUCACGCAAUGAACUUGGCAGUGACGAGGUAGGUAAUUCUGGGCUUCCAACAACUGGCAGAAAGGAAAAGAAGAGAGGAAGAUUCAGCGCUCUCUGUGGACUCAACCCAAAGUGUACAAAGAAGGACAACAAGAAGAACCACUGCACUCCAACACCUUCCCAGAACCAGACCCCUGCCGUCAGUGAAACAGAUAUGCAUCUGUUCGUCACAGAUACCUUGAAAAAAGCAAUUGUCAAUGAUCAAGAAUCCUGCCGAACAGAGAGUGUGUGCUCCACCAUGAAGAAACCAGGGAAGCGUUCGCUCAUUUCCAGGAUGUUUUCAGCUAUAGGCAAAGCCUUGUCCAGUCCCUUUACUUCCUGCUAUAAAAAGAAGAGCACCUAAUCUAUAUUUCAAAAUAAAUAUUUGAAAUUAACAUAA